CUCUUAUCCAUACAACUCAUUCAAAGGCAUAGAUAGAGGGGAUAGCCAUUGAAAUGGGUGUCAGUCUAUUGAUAAAGACUAGGAACUGGUAUGUUUAGGAACUCCUAUUACUAUGCAUUCAGUGCUCGCUGUGUAUUAGCUCAAGGGUAGCGAAAACUUCAUGUUUGAGUCUCUCAUUUCAUUUCGCACUACAUUUUCGUAUCACACAAAUCAUAUGAAACUAUUUGAAUAAAAAAUUUCAAUCAAAUUAAUACAUUAAACAGUAUUCCGAGUGUUUGUUUCCAAUCAAACGCCAAUUACUACACAAAUGUAUUGGAAAUGAGUGUCGAGUGACAGGAAACUAUUGAUACGAUUACUGGUGCAUAUGUAUUGAAUAUAUUGUGUAUAACACACCAAUUAAUUUGAUAUCAGUGUCACGAGUAUUAUAAUAUUAAUAAAACAUACAUUCAAUCCGUUUAUAAAUAUUUAAAACAUUCAUUAAGAGCUCAUUAAAUCGCAAAAUGUAUCCAAAAAGGACUGACUCUCAAGAGUUGAAAAAAGAGAUAAAAUUCAACGAAUCGGUGGACAAACAGAUGAAGCAAAUCAAGGACUUCGGCGUUGCCUUCAAGAAGACCGCCAGCGAUAGUGUGGGCGCUCUGCACCUGAUCCCCAUCCACACCAUCACCACCCGUACCCGUCAGUGCGUCGACUACAAGAAGUUGGGGCUAUUUCUGUUGGCAUUCGUGGUCGGAGCCGUACUACUGGUGCUCCUACUGUCGUCCCAACACCGACGGCCUAACCCUCCGGACAGCGACAUAUCCACUGAGCACUGGAACGCCAUUCACUCCGAGUCUAAGGAGUCGCCUAUCGUUAUGGGACUCGUCGAGGAGACCACGACUACCACCACAACCACUACACCCACACCCGAGAGCACAACCAGACGCGAGUUAGACCACAUACUGGCCUCCAUAACCGUAAUCAACGCUACCGUUCCCCAAAUGGAUCGCACGAUAUUCUCCAAGAGGGCCGACGCCUACGUCGACCUAUACGUUAUAGACGGC